GAAAUUUCGAUUGUCGUGAUAGGAACUUUUAAUUUAAGUGAUGUGUUUUCGUAUACUUAUCAUAUUAGUUUUGCUGAUGGGCAUAAUAGAAGCCCGGCCCAGAGUGGAUAGCUUACGGGAGUUGCGUAAGCUUAUGAGACAGCAGAAUGAUGAUGAGCAAGAUCAACAUGUGCAGCACUUUAAAGACGACAUCGGUAUGUGGACACACUCCCUUGAGCAAAUGGGUCUGAACUUUGUGGCAUUUGUGGAUCAGUGCCGCCCAAUGGGCAGUCAAUGCAGCCAGAGGCACGUGCAACGUCUUUUGCGAUCCAUCCGACGCAGCUGCAAUGAACUGAGAGGUCAGCUGGAUAUCCUGGAGAUUAGAUACUUGAACAAGGUCAGCGAGGUGGAGAUUCUGAUGCCUACAUUGCAAGCUGUGCGGGGAGUAUUGCUAAAAUAUGAUAAUAUGUUGAAGUUGAUCAAUGCGGAAGCCUUUAAACUAGUAGAACAGUAGACGAAUUACGUUAUUAUACAUUGUACAAUUGCGUAGGUAUGCUACUUUUUUUUAUCGAUCAUAUAAAAAAUUAAAAAAUAAUGAAUAGAGAAAGUUCAACUUA